GCUAUGUUGAGAGAAGUGGCAGGACAUUUUCUCAUGGAGAGGUCGUGAAGGAUACACGCCAUCUGCACUUGACUUAUUUCUCCUCCUCUAUAAAGACGGAGAAGGGGGCCGUUGUUGGCUCCCUACCUCAGAUCCGAGUGUCAUCACCGUCGGCUGACGAGCAAGUGCACCACUGACUGUGAGCAGGAAGGCCUGGAUAACACUUGUAAUCACUGGAGUGGAAAGCUGAUUUUCUGAGGCAUCUUUCUGCGAGGCAGCUUCGCAUUUUUGCACGUCCCUGCACUCAUUUGUUCUGCAACCAUACAGCAUUUUUGUUUUUUUUGAUAGAUGUAUCUGGAAUGGCCAGGAAAACAACAAUGCGUCUUUGAUACGGAGAGGCUGUGAAAGUACAGUCGUGAGUCCUGGCCGCUCUGACUGACUCGUCGUGCCAAGACUGUCUCUCUCUUUGGACGCAGCGCUCUGUGAGCGCACUACGGCUUUUUUUGUUUUUCGUUGUUAAGACGCGGUUUGCCCAAAGUUCCGUUUUACAAACGCGGAAGAUUUCUUGGAGGUAAAAUUACACGACAGACGCAGUAUAACCACCAGCUCUGGCGAAGGUGUCGAGUGGGCGCCUUUAGACGCCAACGCCGUGCGUAAUACUCGGGGAGCAGGUGGAUGGAGAGGCUGGAGGGAUGCAGCUUUCCGGCAUGUCGGCGCCGCUUCGGAGCGGCUGGACACCAUAUCCUCAGCUGAAGGACAACUUGACACGAUGGGCUUGAUAUUAAGAGGGAGUGCUCAAUUUUCAAUGUAAAAAUCGAUCUUGCUAGUUUUUUUGUUUCUCUACAGCUGGGAUGUGAUACUUGUGGCUCCUCGUUAAUGAAAAUCCCCAGUCAUCCCGAUCCCCAGAGCCCCAAACCCCUAGACCCCAAAGUGAUUAAACCCUUAGUCCCCCAACCUGUCAAAUUCCCAUUACCCCAGGCUUAUUUUAGAACUUGAAGACCCUUUACCCUGCUUUCAACAGUCUUGCAUGGUAAUAGCAAUGCUUUUAAGCAUGUAACAUCCUAACAUCAAACCCAAUAAUAUCUACCUUCUCCAAGCUCCUUUAACAUCUAUCCCUACCAUCUUUAGGAAUGCGGAACCCUUUGACACCCUAAACCUCUCAGCCGUCAUGGCCUUGGAUCAGUGGCCCUUUCUCCCGACUGUCCCCAACAUCUCCAUCCCUGAGCCCCUCCUGUACGACAGCUACAUGCAGGGGAAUGAGUCCAGCCUGGACCUGAACAUCUCCAAGGCCAGGGAGCCUCACCAGGACAAGACCAGCUCUGUGGUCAUCACCCUCAUCUACUUCAUAGUAUGCGCCGUGGGGCUGUGCGGCAACGCCCUGGUCAUAUAUGUCAUCCUGCGAUACGCCAAAAUGAAGACGGUGACCAACAUCUACAUCCUGAACCUGGCGGUGGCCGAUGUUCUGUGCAUGAUGAGCCUGCCGUUCAUCGCCCUGCAGCUGACGCUGGUGCACUGGCCCUUCGGAGAGGUGCUGUGCAGGGUGAUAAUGACUGUCGACUCUCUCAAUCAGUUCACCAGCAUCUUCUGUCUGAUGGUGAUGAGCAUCGAUCGGUACUUCGCUGUGGUCCACCCUAUUAAGUCCACAAAAUGGCGGAAGCCCCGAGUGGCAAAACUUAUCAACCUGACGGUGUGGUGUGUGUCCCUGUUAGUCAUCCUACCUACUUUGAUCUUUAGUGGCCUUCACAAGGAGCAAACAUGUGGGAUCGAGUGGCCGGAGCCCCAGGAUGUCUAUUACACAGCCUUCAUAAUCUAUACCUUCUUCAUUGGGUUCUGCCUGCCUCUGGCAGUCAUAUGUCUGUGCUACCUGCUCAUUAUAGUCAAGGUAAAGUCGUCUGGCAUGCGGGUGGGUUCCAGCAAGCGCAAGCGCUCUGAACGUAAGGUAACACGGAUGGUGUCCAUAGUGGUGGCGGUGUUUGUCCUCUGUUGGCUGCCUUUCUACAUAUUCAACGUCACCUCCGUCACCAGCUCCAUCAACCCCACCUCUGCCGCGAAGAGCACCUUCGACUUUGUCGUGGUGCUGGGCUACGCCAACAGCUGCGCCAACCCCAUCCUGUACGCCUUCCUGUCGGACAACUUCAAGAAAUAA